AUGCCAAAAAGAGUCGCUACUUGCGUAAAACAUCUUGAGCCGAAAAUCAAAUAUCCUAAAGAAAGAAAACUUCCCGAACAUCAAUGCAUGUUAAACAAGGAGAGAAAUUUUUUGUAUCGUCAUUUCGUUACUGAAGAAAUGUUCUUGAAGGAAACAUCUGCACAUUACUUUUAUUCUUAA